CCAGGAAAGUUACUUCCUUCUGCACAUGCUGUCGAGCGAGAAUACAGGUUCGUCCUUAUUGUUGUUUUGUACAUUUAUACUUGGUUCAUUUUUAUCUCUAUUUUUGCGUUCAAUGCGGUACCAGGAUAGUGAUCUUGAAAUAGACUUAUUUAGUUGUAACAAUAUGCACUGAUACGUAUUGUAGAGUGAUGAAAGCGAUGCAUGAAAAUGGCGUUCCUGUUCCAAAACCAAUCGUUCUCUGUGAAGAUGAAAGGUAAGUCAUGAAAGUUUAUUUUUGCCAAGGCAAAAUCAUUGAAUAUACUGAGAAUGUUUGGUUAAACAGGAAUUGAGAACCAAACGUAUUUGAGAGAUGAGAUAGUUCAGUUACAAACCAAGACAACUAGGAUAUAGUUUCCACAUCUUUGUAGAUAUAUCUUACGUUAUUUAGUGUGAUUGGAACUUCGUUUUAUAUCAUGGAGUAUGUCAAGGGUCGAAUAUUUAAGGAUCCAUCUUUGCCUGGAAUGACCAAUGAAGUUAGAAAGGUAUAUUUUCAAACUUGUUUUUUGCAGACAUCUGAAAGAGCUAGAACGUCAGUCUACUUUUCUACCAACGAAUGCCUCAGUUUCUUAGUAAUGUGAGAUACUUUGAUAAUUUUUCAGGAAAUUUACCAAGAAAUGAACGAAGUUCUUGCUAAGAUCCAUCAAGUUGAUGUCAAGAAGGCAGGUUUAGAGGACUAUGGAAAACACGGUAAUUAAGGCAACCUCGCUCCUAUUGCCUCUUGUGAAGUAAAGACCCUGAGCUAGUCACGUGAUCUUCUAAAAUCUAGCAGAUUUCUACUGAACUACUUGUACCACCAACACCCCAAUAUUUCUUUGCUCAGGAAAUUACGUGAAACGACAAACAGAAACGUGGGCAAAGCAAUAUGAAGCGAGUAAAACUCACGAGAUUAAAACAAUGGAUGACUUAAUCACAUGGCUUCGUCACAAUGUCCCAGAAACUCCAAGAACAACCGUUGUUCAUGGCGACUUUAGGUCAGUGACAUCGAUUGAAAUUCAAUCAAACUAGCAUAAUUUAUUGUCGUGUAUGUGUAGUAGUCUUGUACGUGGAGGCAAAUAAAUACAAUACACCCUUUUGAUAAUUACGUCUUUGGCUGGGAGCCUCGCUCUCAUGAAUCGUGAGCCAAUCACCUUGCGUAAUUUACUAAUGAGAGCGAGGCUCCAAGACCAAAAAGUAUGUGUGACGUAAUUAUGGAAAAUGUGUAUGGAGAGAUGUAGUUAAUUUACUUGCUUUCGUACUCAACUUUCUGACGUGGACCUCCAGCAUCCCUUCGCUGAAACAAACCAAUUUUCAUUUGUUAAUUUCCGAUGCAGAAUAGACAACCUUGUCUAUGAUGAGAACGAGUCUAAAGUGCUCGCUGUUCUUGACUGGGAGUUGUCGACGUUAGGUGAUCCUGUCACUGAUCUGGCUUUAAACUGUCUGCCUUAUUAUCUCUCUCCAAAGUUUCCUAUUUUAAAAGGUAGGUUUUAG